UGCUCAGGAUGUCCAUCAUCCGGUCAUCAAGCAUGGAUCUGAUAAUAUUACAUGUUCACAGUUUGGUGAACUCAUACAACUAAGCAUGGAGCGGAAACUUGGUCUGACCAGGACAUGCUGACACCAGAUACUUGUGCAGGUGGUGUACGGUUACAGGAGUCAGGUUUUGUUGUCUCCAUUCCUAUGCAACAUGGAAAGACUUAUACAUUAUCACUGUAUGCCAAAGAAAAAAACAACAAAACUUGUUCAAAGAAAGUCUUAGGAGCAAUCUAGAAGGUAAUUUCAGUCUGAGAACUGUCCUGUUCUUAUGUUGAUUUAGAAAUUGUGUGCUCAUUUUGUAGAACAUUUCCUUCUAGGAUUUAGUAGAUGUGCUAGACGUGCACUGUCCGUGGUGCUCUUACUCUGCUGUGACUGAGCUUGCAUGAAUAGGAGUAACUUAUCGCGCUAGACUACGCAUACUCUGAUGAAAGUUAAAAAUGACAAAAAAGUGACCAUAAUGCAAAUUAAUUUCCCCAAUUUUAAGCCAAGAAUGGCUUUGUGUCAGGAGAGUUCCUGAAACUUUUCAUAUCAAAGGACUCUAAAUUGUAUUAAUCCUCAAACUCCAUUUGAGGAGAUUUUGUCCCAAUUAAAGAACCUCAUUGUGUCAGCCCCUAGUAAGUAAAUCAAAAGACUUCCUGAUUUUACUAAGGGACCCCAGAAAGCCUGAUGAUCUCCUGUCCACAUUUAUUGGAUUGACUACAUAAUAUGAAUUUAUUUUACAGCAAUAUAAAAACAACAUGACAUUAAAGCCCCUGAAAACUUCAUGACAAAAUAAUCAACAAUUAUUUAUUCAGACUUUACACUCUCAUCUGCUUCAUCAGGACUGUGUGUGGGUGGGUGUGAUUAGAUUUUAUUAACAGUGACCAAAAAGCCACCAAGUGUGGUUUGAAUAUAGUUCAAUCCUGAUUGAUGCACAACAUUUUUCACCAUUUCCUAAAUGAGCAAGUGAGAAGAGCACAGAGAAGAAAAGAGAAAAACAAAACUAACGUCAGAAAAUAUUGUGUUCAUGUGUUCAUUACAUUACUCAUAAAGUUGAUUGAGAGGAUACAUUUACUACAUUUAGAAGCCCUUUGAAAUAGGACAGCACACACACCUGGUCUGCUCCAGACUCUUUAAAUACCAGUUUUCAAUCAGCACACAACCAAGACUUAUAAUCAAUGCAGCUGCCUCUCCAUGGACAUGACAUGGACUGCUUUCUAAGCAGCAAGGUUUGUCUCAUUUGUUGGCCUUCACAAGACCCAUAUUCUGCAUUCUGCUUUUUAAUUGGGAUUCCCAAGAGACCUUGUCCAAAGUCUCAGCAAAACACCCAAGUCCUAUCAAGCAGCCUAAGCUAAGUCCAGCAACCAAUUACCCUGCUCUGCCCCAGCGGAACCGCCGCUCUCCGGAUUAUAUUUCUUUCUGCUGCAUUGUAAAUGUGCAACAGUCUACAGAGAUUUCACUAACAUAAAGUUAUUGUGCAGAUGCAGGUUGAUGCUUAACCCCUACAGGGUUGUACACAACAACAGAAAUCCAACUUAACUUCAUCAAUAACCUCUGAAACACUGAGAAAUUAAUUUGCCUCUACCUAAAGGAAAAGCAGACAUUGAUUAUUUUCUCCAUCUGUGUUGCAAAUUACUAUUUUAACCCUAGGGGUCAAAAAGCCUACUAAAGACCAUACAUUCAGCAUUGGGCCCCUACUGACCCCUGAAGUACUGCUAAAAUACUACCUAGUAUUUUUUCUUUGAAUGAUUUUAUUGAGGAAUAUUCACCAUGUGAGCUCAACAUGUACUGAAAGAAUUAUUAUAUAAACUAAAAAAAAGAAAGGUCUUUAAAUUAGCACAGGGCAUUUGCAGCAAGUCUUCAUACUGUAGAUCUUUACUCAUUACCUUCCAUGACCACAAAAAUAUUCACAUGAGUGUCUCAUCUGCCUGCCUUUGUGGUUGAGUUUGGUUAAAUUUGGGCGACCAAAACCAACUUAAAGUUAGAGAAGGAUGGUGGUCAAGGUUAGAGCAUCGACUGUUGUAGUGGUACAGCCAGUGUGUGGGUGUUUGUAUGUGUGCGGGGAGGUGUGUCUUUCACUUAACUGCAAGGUAACACACAUCUAUCUAUCUAUCUAUCUAUCUAUCUAUCUAUCUAUCUAUCUAUCUAUCUAUCUAUCUAUCUAUCCACUGUGUUGUGAAAAACCUAAAAUCAUUUACUAGGUCUAGAGCUGCCACUAUAUAGGCCUAUAUAAUUCUUCUUAAUCUUUUCAGCCCAAAAUGAUUCUUUUAUUAUUAAAAUGUACACUUUUGACUUUUUUUGGGGGCUAUCUCUUUCCAACAGCUCAUAAAUGUAAAUGAAACAUCAAAUUCGUUCUCGGUUUUGAUUGGAGCCCUGCACAGAGUGUCUCUGGUGGUAUAGAAUAAAGAGAGCUAGUCAACAGCCUGCCCUGUAGUUGUUGUUUUUUUUUUUUUCUAGGGAGAGAAUAUGUAGGCGCCUUGUUUUUCUACACCUCUGCAUAGUAUUCCACAGAAAUCCCCAGAGACACAGCUCAAUCUCUGUCUUGACAGGCAGCUGUACGUCUCAGACGUCAUCAAUCCGUUCUCAAAUAAACUGAAUCCAUCUGACCACUUCUUCUGCUCCCAGUAUUUCAGCGGAGAAUACGGUGGACUUGCCCAUAUGGGGGAUGAAUUAAUAAAUGUUUAGAGGACAUCACUUCUCUGAGAAGCUCGGCUGCAGCCGCAUUCCCCCCCCGUCAUCUACUCGUAAAACUCUUGUUCUGUUACAUUGAGUGUCUCAUUUGGUCCUCACAGCAGCUUUCACCAUGACAACGUUUGACUUCUCGGAUGUAGAGGCGUUUUUGGACUGCCAUCCAGAUCUCUUCGAGGAGUAUCUCGUUCGAAAGGCGAAAUGCGAUCAGGUAAGCAGAUGGUUGAAGGAGCAUCAGCCGUCGAAAGUGUGCACAGCUGAGGAGAGGCGCGGCGCUGCCAGGGACCCGCUCAGGCCGACCAACCCGGACGGGCUCCGGCGCAGAUCGUCCCACAUGGAGCUGCGACGGAACUUUGCCCGGUCCAAAGCCACCACCGCACACCGGACCUACGACGAGCAUGUGAGCCUGAGCCAACACGAAUCCCAGUCCAGCAUGAGGCGCCGUGCGCUCCUGCGUAAAGCCAGCUCCCUGCCUCCGACCACCGCGCACAUCCUGAGCGCCCUGCUGGAGUCUAGGGUUAACGUGCCUCAGUACGCGUCCAGUGCCAUCGACUACAAAUACAGACUUAAGGAAACCAACGAGAGGGAGUUUUUCUUGGAGUUAGUGAAGGAUAUCUCCAACGAUUUGGACCUGACAAACCUCAGUUACAAGAUCCUGAUCAAUGUGUGUAUCCUGGUAGAUGCAGACAGGUGUUCGCUCUUCCUUGUCGAGGGACCCGCGCAUAAGAGAACACUGGUGUCCAAAUUCUUUGAUGUGCACUCAGGCACCACUGUCAGACCAUCCUCCAGCACCCUAAACUCAAAUGAAGUGCAAGUGCCAUGGGGAAAGGGUAUCAUUGGAUAUGUGGCAGAACAUGGGGAAACUGUAAACAUCUCCAACGCAUAUGAGGACCACCGCUUCAGUGAUGAGAUAGACAAGUUAACAGGCUACAAGACUCAGUCCAUCCUCUGUAUGGCCAUCUGUAACAGUGAUGGAGAAGUCAUUGGUGUUGUACAAGCAAUCAACAAAAAUCCCAUGGGUACUCCCUUUACUGAGGAUGAUGAGAAGGUACUGCAGAUGUAUCUACCAUUCUGUGGCAUAUCGAUUUCCAAUGCCAAGUUGUUUUCGGAGUCUCGCAAAGAGUAUGAGAGGAGUAGGGCUCUGCUGGAGGUGGUCAACGACCUGUUUGAGGAGCAGACUGACCUGGAAAAGAUUGUUAGGAAGAUCAUGCAGCGAGCGUUGACCCUCCUGCAAUGUGAACGCUGCUCUGUGCUUCUCCUCGAAGACAUCGACUCACCUGUUGUGAAGUUCUCCAAGACGUUUGAGCUCAUGUCUCCCCUUUGCAACAUGGACCAUGACAUCAGCAUGGAGAAGCUCUCGUGUUCUGAUUGGCUGAUCAAUAACAGCAUUGCUGAGCUGGUGGCUUCCACAGGACUGCCUGUUAACAUCAGUGACGUCUGUCAGGACCCACGCUUUGAUGCUGAGGCGGAUCAGGCCUCAGGGUUUCACAUCAGAUCAGUGUUAUGUGUCCCUAUCUGGAAUCGAACUCAUCAGAUAAUUGGGGUUGCACAAAUUCUGAAUCGCCUAGACAGGAAGACCUUCAAUGAUGCUGAUCAGAGACUGUUUGAGGCAUUUGUGAUAUUCUGUGGACUUGGAAUCAACAACACUAUGAUGUACAAUCAAGUAAAGAAGACAUGGGCCAAGCAGUCUGUAGCACUGGAUAUGUUGUCCUACCAUGCAACCUGUUCCAAGGUAGAAGUUGACAGACUCAAGGCAGCUAAGAUCCCCCUGAGCAGUGAGUUAGGCAUCGAUGAGUUUCACUUCAACGACUUCUCUUUGGACAAUGACGCUAUGAUCACUGCGUCACUCCAGAUGUUUCUGGAACUUGGUGUCGUCCAAAAGUUUAAAAUUGACUAUGAGGUUUUGUGCCGCUGGCUUCUGACUGUGAGGAAGAACUAUCGAACUGUGGCGUAUCAUAACUGGAGGCAUGCCUUCAAUGUGUCGCAGUGCAUGUUCGUUAUGAUCACAACAGCCACUUUCCAGGAUGUCCUGUCAGACGCAGAGAUACUGGCACUGAUGGUUGGCUGUCUAUGUCAUGACUUGGACCACCGAGGCACCAACAAUGCAUUUCAAGCCAAGACAGGUUCUGCUCUGGCUCUGCUCUACGGGACAUCAGCCACCCUGGAACAUCAUCACUUCAACCAUGCGGUCAUGAUCCUACAAAGUGAGGGUCACAAUAUCUUUGCAAACCUCUGCUCUAAAGAAUAUAGCAACAUGAUGCAACUAUUGAAGCAGGCUAUUCUCUCUACAGACCUUACUUUGCACUUUGAGCGCAGAACCAAGUUCUUUGACUGUGUUCUGUCUGGAGAAUUCAGCUGGACAGAUGAAGGACACAGAGAAGUUCUCAGGUCCAUGCUGAUGACAGCAUGCGAUCUGGGCGCCGUCACUCGUCCAUGGAAGAUAUCCAAACAGGUUGCAGAGCUGGUGACGAGUGAAUUCUUUGAACAAGGUGACAGAGAGAGGUCUGAACUUAAGCUGACCCCAGCAGCUAUAUUUGAUCGCAAUCGCAAAGAUGAACUACCUGCCUUACAGAUUGAGUGGAUAGAUGGUAUAUGUAAACCCCUUUACCAGGCACUGCUGAAGCUCAACAGGAAGUUGCAGCCGAUGGUUGAUGGGAUAGAUGCCAAUCGAAAGAAAUGGCAGGACCUCUGCUCAUCUUAUCAGCAGACACGCAGAGUCUCACUGUCCAAUCACAGUGCGGAAUCAGAUGAGAGCCGUCCUGAAGGUGCAGAAGCUAGUCAACAGCCAGACUCCACAGAGACUCUGAAGCCAGUUGAAAACACCAAGUUUGGGUCAAAAUCUAAGUGCAGUAAUGAUGUGAGGUGCAGAGUGAACAAAGCUUCAUGUGAUGGUAAGCCAGCGUCAGCUGGCAACAUUACGUCUGCAGGAAAAAAGUGAAGCAAGCUAUGUGUUAAGUUCAAGUUUAUCCAUUAAAUGGUUCACAUGGGACUUUUCCCAUACCCUGUGAUUUUCUAACACAUACACAACCCUAAAAUGAUUUUUAAAAAUCUGGGGAAAUGAAAUGCAGUUUUUAUCUGCUGAGCACAUUGCUUCUCCCAAGUGUCACUGUGUUAAACUCAGGAGCGUGAAUAAUUAACGUUAUUUAAAGGACAGUUUCCCAUGUCUGUCUGUCUGUCUGUCUGUCUGUCUGUCUGUUUGUCUGUCUGUCUGUCUAUCUAUCUAUCUAUCUAUCUAUCUAUCUAUCUAUCUAUCUAUCUAUCUAUCUAUCUAUCUAUCUUCAUUACUCAGAUGCAUAAGAACGAGAGUCUACUGUUGAAACCAAAGAGGGCCACUUAUUACUGUAAUGUUUUGUAAUGGGAACUGCCUCAAAACCACAAACACAUUGGGAUGCCUUUACAAAACAAAAAGGAAUCACUGUGAUUUCUCUGUCACAUAAAUUGCCAUUUUGAAUGUAGACAGGAGCAUGAUCUUGUUCCUGAAUGUUUCUUACUGAUAGGCUGUCUUACCUCAGUUGCAAAGCUUUUGCUGCAUGACAUUAUUUUCAGUGUUUGUAGGUUAACCGAGCCUUUGGCCUUUGUUCUGUGAAUUGCAUGUAUGUGUCAUAUCAGCAGUGCACAUCAUCACAUUAAGAUGAAAACUGUGUAUAUCUAGGUAAGGAAUGAGGCACAUAAGUGUGAAAGGCCAAAUGUUAGUCUACGGACUUUGUAGGGAAGGACACUGACAAAACUCCUCAGGCUGAUUGUGUGUGUGUGUGUGUGUGUGUGUGUGUGUGUGUGUGUGUGUGUGUGUGUGUGUGUGUGUGUGUGUGUGUGUUUGUUUGUGUAACCUCCUAAUUCCUGAUGAUGACACAGAGUAAUACAAAUGGGUUUGUCUCUUGGGUCUGAGAGUAGUGUUGUUUUUGGCAGCCUAUUUUAAUUUUAGUUUUAGUCUAGUCUUUGUGUCAAACUGUCGUUUUAGUUUUUAUUAGUUUAGUCACGUUUACACUCUUUUUAGUCUAGUCAAGUUUCAGUCGACUAAAAGUCUGAGCAUUUUAGUCUUAUUUUAGUCAGAAUUAUCCAUGACUAUUUUCGACUAGUUUUAGUCGACGAAAACUGAUGACAUUUUAGUCUAGUUUUAGUCAAUGAAAAUUGUAUUUUAGUCUCUUUUUAGUUAUGCAAUUCUAUUUAACCCAGUUAAUAUAGUACAAGUACCUGGUAUAGUAUAGACAAAAGGUCACCCAUUUCACAAGUCAAACAAGGUUAUCGUAUUAUUGUAUUAUUGUUACCUUAUAGACUCAAGAAUACAUUCAAUUCCAGACACGGAAGACGCUCUGAUUUGAAUUUACAACAUAUUUAUUUCACCUACCAAACAUGUACUAAGAAGUACACACACAUAAAUUUAAAUAAAAUAAAUAAAUAAAAUAGCUUCAAAUGACAAUGCCAGAAAAAAAUUAUAUUACAUUCAAGUUUAACUUAAAGAGAAACAAGGUGCUGGAUUGCUCGAGCUACAAUGACAUAAUAAAAAAGUACAAAUAAAAUGUGUGUGUUGGUGACUAACAUUAACCCACUGCAGCUGCAUCUUCUAAAUAAUGCCGCGAGUGGGGAUUGAGGAAGUGACGCCGCCUGCGUCUGCGCAGUGCGCUGAUGCAGCCCCGAGACUCAGGAAACAGAAAUAUUUCAAAAUAAUAAUAAUAAUAAUAAUAAUAGCGAGACGAAAUAACGUUAUAACAUUUUGUGUCGUCACGUUUUGGUCAACGAAAAUGAAGUGAUAUUUUAGCAGAGUUUUUAUUUUGCAAACCACAUUUAGUCCCGUUUUUAUUCGUCAACAAUAUUGCAUUAUAUAUUUGAUUCUAGUUUUCGUCACAUGACAACCAUUUACGUUGCGUCUCGUCUCGUUUCCGUCACGUGAUAAAGGUUCGUGACGACGAUAUUUAGUCGUAAUUUUCGUUGACGAAAGCAACACUAUCUGAGAGUAAUUUACUGUAAAGGUAAAGUUUAGUUUUUAGGGGAAUAUUUACUGUUUGUACAACUUAUAUGAAUUAUUUAUUUCUCACCUGAGUGAGACAAACACAUGCCUGUAUGUAUGUUAAUUUAAAAAAUGUAUACAAUGUGUAUAAUAUAUUACAGUAAAACCCCCAGGAUGUGAGUGGUGACGUAAUGCAUCAGCAGAGCAAAGUUAGGCUAAUUUCAUUGUUAGAUGUCUAACUGCACAUAGCAGCAUGAAAAACAUCCUGAAUGAGAUUGUCUCAGAAGGGAAAAAUUCUCAAAAAGCUGAACUACGCCUUUAGAAGACUUCAUUAUUGUGCAUACAGUAUGUAAAAAUGUCUAAAUAGAAGUUUUAAGGUUCUUGUAAAGAACAGUGUAUUCAUUUGUCCAUUUGUUUCUACUGUUUGAGAUUCAUCACAGUGUUUGUAGUUAAGACUAGCCAGCAUGCUGAUUAUGUUAGCAUUAUUACUGCAUGUAUCAUAUUUGAUGUUGAUGUUGGACAUUAUCUUGAUGCCUUUGACUGCCCUAUGAGAUUUGCUUUGCAUGAAAUUAAGGGAAAUACUUAAUAGUGUUGUUACGUAAGAAUAUUGUUGCUGCACUAUUGAUGUUGAGAACAGAUAAAGAUUUCUAUUUUCGAUCACAGACUGUACCAAAAUAAUACAUUCAUUAUUUUUCAUACACCGGACUCUAUAUUUAUGCAAGAUGUAUAAUUGGCAUUUUCUCCUGCUAUUUAUACACUGUGCACUAAAAAUACAUUCUUAGAGAAGACAAGAAAGUGCUACAUUUCUGAUAAAUGGGAGUAAAUCAAUCUCCAGCUGGUUUUGUGAAUAAAAUGCUGUGGCAUGGAAACUCUUCA